AUGAAAGCUUCCCAAACCAUAAGAAUACCAAAUCAAUGUGAUCCUAUAAAGCCAACAACUCCAGCCAAUGGACAUUUCGAGCAAGAAGUCACGUGUGGCGUUACGAAACAAGUCCCCGCAGCUCCUGACUGUUCCAAAAUAAGUCAAUCUAUAUUUGGGGGACAGGAAUCCAAUCCUUUAUCCUGGCCGUGGCAAGUAGCUUUGACAUAUUAUGGACAACCAUUUUGUGGAGGGUCUCUAAUUAAUCGGGACACUGUAUUGACCGCCGCACAUUGCACUGUCAACAUAUCUUCGGAAGACGUAGUUAUAUACCUCGGGAGUAAUAAUUUUAAAGAUCCAAACAUCGUAAAAAUCCCUGCUAAAUCUGUAAUCAAGCAUCCUAAUUACUAUGCUACGACUGUCAAAAACGAUAUUAGUAUAAUAAAAUUAGAAAGGAAAGUGGAUUACGGCGACGCGAUCAAACCCAUAUGCUUACCCAGUGCCGAAGAGAGAGUCAAAGAUGGAUAUGGCUGUUAUGUAACUGGAUGGGGAGAUACGAAAAAUUUAUCUUUACCUAUGUUUAAUCGGCUGCGUGAGGUGUGUCUAAAUGUAGUCAAUAAAGCGAAGUGUCAAAAUGUCAUGGGGAUCGUGGAUGACAAUAUGAUAUGUGCUGGAGUAUCUGACGGCAGAAAGGAUUCGUGUCAAGGAGAUUCGGGAGGUCCUAUGGCUUGCAAAAUUGGGACAAAUUGGAAAUUGACAGGAAUUGUCAGCUGGGGAGUGGGUUGUGGGGAACCGGGAUUUCCAGGCGUGUAUACUGACGUUGGCAAGUUUUUGGAAUGGAUACAGUCUAACAUUUGA